CAGAUGUCAUGUCACUGUCAUUUUCAAUUCAACAAAAUUAGGUGCAGAAUUUGGUGUGAUUUUUUCAUUUUCAAUUUAUUAAAUAUGUGGUAUGAGAUAUUACCCACUUUCUUCAUCAUCAUGGCAGGCAUGGGCCUGCCUGGCUUGGGUCUUUACCACAUUCACAAUCUAACCCUAGGCAACCACCAUAGACGUUCCCUCCAUUCUCGGCUGGACCGCAUCAACUACAUGCGUGACAUGAGGUUGACGGGCAACCCUUAUAAAGUCAAUGGAUUGGAUGCUUUGCCAGAUAAAUAAGCUGCAAUAUAAUUUUAAAAUAUGUAAUUUUAUAAGGAUAUUGUUUAGAUUAUGUUCAAAAUAUAGAUAUGCUUAAGCACUAAA